GGGAACGCCCCGGACGGCGGGACAAGAGCGCCCUGGAUUCCCGUGACCCGAGGCGGGGGCCGCCGCCGGGUGGUCGGGCGGGGGUGGCGGGGAGACCCGGAUCCGGCGACAAUCUUCAGCCCCACUUCCGGAGCCGCCACUUUCACUUUCUCUUCCGCUAAAGCUGCUGCGCUCCUUCUCAUGACUGACAGGGGCCGCCGCGGGCGGGAGGGAGUUGGGCUGAAAUCCCGCACCCCUGAGGGCGCUCCCGCUCCCAGCAGGGAGAAGGGCUCCGGCCCAGCGCCCUGGCUGUGCGGCGCCCCUCCUCCCCUUCCCCGCAGCCAGGCCUGUCCAGUUUCCUCUGUCGCCCAGAGCCGGCUUGUCUAGGCGCUCUCUCUCACCUCCCACCCGUUCCCCCUCGCAGGCCCCAUCCCCGGUCCUCGGGUAAUGUGAUGCUACCCGAUUGCCACCCGGGACCCUGAGGCACCGAGAAGGCUCGGGCCGCGCCAGAGGCCACCGGCUGGGGCUGAGUUUCUCGUGGUCUGCCCCUCCUCUAGCAGGUGACCGGGAGAUAGCAUUUCCCCGGAGCUGCAGCCCGCCCCCUCCGCGGGGGGAUGGGCACAACCACGCCAGAUGGACGAGAAGAUCAAGAAAGCUGAGGAGGUGGCCCAGAGACUCACACGAGCAGUGGCUGGUGGGGAUGAACAGGUGGCUAUGCAGUGUGCUAUCUGGCUGGCAGAGCAGCGGGUGCCCCUGAAUGUGCAACUGAAGCCUGAGGUCUCUCCGACACAGGAUAUCAGGCUGUGGGUGAGCGUGGAGGAUGCACAGAUGCACACAGUCACUAUCUGGCUCACGGUGCGGCCUGACAUGACGGUGGGCUCCCUCAAGGACAUGGUGUUCCUAGACUAUGGCUUCCCGCCAACCCUGCAGCAGUGGGUGUUUGGGCAGCGGUUGGCCCGGGACCAGGAGACUCUGCACUCCCAUGGCGUGAGGCGGAAUGGGGACAGCGCCUACCUCUACCUGCUGUCCGCCUGCAACACCUCGCUCAACCCUCAGGAGCUGCAGCGGGAGAGGCAGUUGCGGAUGCUGGAAGAUCUGGGCUUCAAGGACCUCACGCUGCAGCCACGGGGCCCCCUGGACCCAGUUCCCCCAAAGCCUGGGGCCCCUCAAGAGCCGGGGCGGGGGCCGCCUGAUGCAGCGCCAGAGCCCCCGCCGGUGGGCUGGACGUGCCCCGGCUGCACCUUCAUUAACAAGCCCACUAGGCCCGGCUGCGAGAUGUGCUGCCGGGCGCGGCCCGAGGCCUACCAGGUACCCGCCUCGUACCAGCCAGACGAGGAGGAGCGAGCGCGCCUGGCCGGUGAGGAGGAGGCGCUGCGCCAGUACCAGCAGCGGAAGCAGCAGCAGCAGGAAGGCAACUACCUGAAGCACGUGCAGCUGGAUCAGCGGAGCCUGGUUCUGAACACCGAGCCCGCCGAGUGCCCGGUGUGCUACAGUGUCCUGGCGCCGGGUGAGGCCGUGGUGCUGCGCGAGUGUCUGCACACCUUCUGCAGGGAGUGUCUGCAGGGCACCAUCCGCAACAGCCAGGAGGCUGAGGUGUCCUGCCCCUUCAUCGACAACACCUACUCAUGCUCGGGCAAGCUGCUGGAGAGGGAGAUCCGAGCGCUCCUGAGCCCCGAGGAUUACCAGCGGUUUCUGGACCUGGGCAUCUCCAUUGCGGAAAACCGCAGUGCCUUCAGCUACCACUGCAAGACCCCGGACUGCAAAGGAUGGUGCUUCUUUGAGGAUGAUGUCAAUGAGUUCCCCUGCCCCGUGUGCUUCCAUGUCAACUGCCUGCUUUGCAAGGCAUUACGUGCUUGUGUGGAUGCCUGCUCUGGCCCUAACUCUCUGGGAACUUUCUCACCUCGAGCGCCUCAUCUGCUCCAGGCUGUCCAUGAGCAGAUGAACUGCAAGGAGUACCAAGAUGACCUGGCCCUGCGAGCUCAGAACGAUAUGGCUGCCCGGCAGACGACGGAGAUGCUGAGAACCAUGCUGCAGCAGGGUGAAGCCAUGCACUGCCCACAGUGCCAGAUCGUGGUGCAGAAGAAGGACGGCUGCGACUGGAUCCGGUGCACUGUCUGCCACACCGAGAUCUGCUGGGUCACCAAGGGCCCCCGCUGGGGCCCCGGGGGCCCAGGAGACACCAGCGGGGGCUGCCGCUGCCGCGUGAAUGGGAUUCCAUGCCAUCCCAGCUGUCAGAAUUGCCACUAAGCUGAGGAUGGCCUGGUCCCCCUGCUGACCCAGCCCCACACCUACAAGCUUCUGUGGGACAGACCUGGUGCUUUGGCUCUGAUUUCUGGCCGGGAAGAUGCCUUUGUGCUUGGUUGAGACAGGGGCCCUGAAGUGGCCAAGGCCCCUGAGCUGCGUGGAUGGCCUUGUUUGCUGUGGGCAUUGCAAGGGCCCUGCCUGAGCUGGCCGUUGUCCAUGGCUGCAUCUGCCCCAGUGCCUUUGUCCUUCCCCUGGGGCUUACCAGCCAGACCUUUCAUCUCUCUGCGGCUCCCAUCUGUCUGACCCAGCCUUAAACACAGCCCCAGCCAGAGGCCUUGCUGAAUGGAGUCUGAGAGCCCCGGAUGAGUCCAUACAUCCCUCGUCCACCACGCUCAUCUGCUGAGCACUCAGCCUGCGGCCUCCCCCGUUGGCUUUCUUGGGGUGACUUUUCUCUGGCUUUGCUGUUGGAGGCCUGGGGGCCUCUUAGAAUUGCUGCUAAUUCUGCUUAGAGCCAGGAGGGAGACCUAGCAUCCUGAAGACAGCCCAGCCAGUUCAGCUUCUGUACUUCCUCUUCGCUGCCUGUGUACACUGAUUAAAAUGGUUUCCCGGGAA